AUGAGGAGGAGGCGCGACCAGAUCGAAACGAGUGCGCAGAGACGGCGGGCAGCAGAGGGCACGAGCAGGGAAAAGGGGCUAGGGCGCACAACACGACGACAUAAAAAGAGACAGCCGACGGCGGAGGCCGACUGCAGCAUUGCACACGUCAGGGGAGGCGUGCAAGCAAGACAAUGGCGGAGCACAGCGGGGCUCCGAGCGGAAGAGCACAGGAUUGCCCAAGGCAGUCAUGGCGCCAGGGCUGGCCGCAGGGAUGUUACCCUGCAGUCAGCCACGGCGCGCCAGCACGAGGCGGAGACGCGGCAGCCCGAAGCGGUGAGCGCAGACGCGAGGGGCCCCCAACGGCAUCCCCCAGCCUGCGACCACUACCUCGCACCACCCUUCCCCGCCAGACUGGCAGACGAGCAGCAGCGGCGGUAG